GAACAGGGCGAGGAAUAGUUCGUAUGCAAGUAUAGGAUUUUUUCCUUUACCCGUGCCCUCUCCUUGCUCCCCUUGUUCUCUGCCUUCGCUCCCGUCGUCGCCGACCACCUCAUCCGCCGCCGGGGGCCAAACCCUAGCCCAGCGCAACUGCGUCUCGGCCGAUACCCUCCCGCCGCUGCGCUCGAUCUCCCCUCCCCACGCGUGCCAUGGGGCUGAGCCCGUGACGGAUGCGCAGCGCCCCGCGGUUGCGCGUGCCGAGGCCGUGGAGAGCAGCAGCAGCGGAAUCCAGUAGCCGAGCCACCAGCCACGAGGUCUAGGGGGGAGUAGCCGCAGCAGCAGAGCGAAGAGGAGCAGCAGCAGCAGGAGGAGGAAGGGGGGCAAGAGAUGGACGAGUUCGACAGCGGGGACAAGGGAGGCGCCGGCGCGGGCGAUGACGGGGGCGCACCGCCGCUGCCCCAGACGGUACAAAUCGGGAAUUCACCAACCUAUAAGCUUGAAAGGAAGCUUGGAAAGGGAGGAUUUGGACAAGUAUAUGUUGGUCGACGUAUUUCCUCUCCUCGUCUCGGGGACCGGAACCCUGGUGCAAAUUCUUUAGAGGUUGCACUGAAAUUUGAACAUCAAACCAGCAAAGGUUGCAACUAUGGUGCUCCUUAUGAGUGGCAAGUAUACAACACUCUUAGUGGAAACCAUGGUGUCCCACGGGUACACUACAAAGGAAAGCAGGGCGAGUUUUACAUCAUGGUUAUGGAUAUGUUGGGACCAAGCCUGUGGGAUGUUUGGAAUAAUAAUUCCCACUCGAUGUCUGUUGAGAUGGUUGCUUGCAUAGGUAUAGAGGCAAUCUCCAUACUGGAGAAGAUGCACUCUAAAGGGUAUGUCCAUGGUGAUGUGAAACCUGAGAACUUCUUGCUUGGUCCUCCUGGUACCCUAGAAGAGAAAAAACUUUUUCUUGUUGAUCUUGGGUUGGCUACUAAAUGGAAGGAUGCUGGUACGGGGCAGCAUGUUGAUUAUGAUCAGAGACCUGAUAUCUUUAGGGGAACUGUUCGUUAUGCUAGUGUGCAUGCCCACCUGGGAAGAACUGGGAGUAGGAGAGAUGACCUUGAAUCCCUUGCAUACACACUUAUUUUUCUUCUCCGUGGCCGCCUCCCUUGGCAAGGAUACCAGGGAGAGAACAAAGGUUUUCUUGUCUGCAAGAAAAAGAUGUCAACCUCUCCAGAGUCUUUGUGUGGUAUUUGUCCACAACCCUUCCGGCAUUUUGUUGAGUAUGUCGUGAACUUGAAAUUUGACGAAGAACCGAAUUAUGCCAAGUGCAUCUCUCUUUUUGAUGGCAUUGUUGGUCCAAAUCCAGACAUUAGACCGAUAAACACAGAUGGUGCUCAGAAGCUAAUAUACCAGGUUGGCCAGAAGAGAGGCCGCUUAAUAGUGGAUGAAAAUGAUGAUGAGCAACCUAAGAAGAAGAUUAGAAUGGGGAUGCCGGCAACUCAGUGGAUUAGUGUCUACAAUGCCCGUCGACCUAUGAAACAGAGGUACCACUACAAUGUAGCAGAUAAUAGAUUACUACAACAUAUUCAAAAAGGAAAUGAGGAUGGCUUGUUUAUUAGUUCAGUUUCCUCCUCCUCAAAUCUGUGGGCUUUAAUUAUGGAUGCUGGCACCGGUUUUACCUCUCAAGUAUACGAACUUUCUAAUUACUUUCUUCCCAAGGAAUGGAUAAUGGAGCAGUGGGAGAAAAAUUACUAUAUCACCGCAUUGGCUGGUGCGAACAAUGGCAGCUCUUUGGUGAUCAUGUCAAGAGGAACACAAUAUGCGCAGCAGUCCUACAAAGUAAGCGAUUCAUUUCCCUUCAAAUGGAUAAACAAAAAGUGGAAGGAGGGCUUCUAUGUCACAGCUAUGGCGACAGCUGGAAGCCGAUGGGCAGUUAUCAUGUCCCGCAAUGCUGGUUUUAGUGCUCAGGUAGUGGAGCUUGAUUUCUUGUAUCCGAGUGAGGGCAUCCACACGCGUUGGGACAAUGGCUAUCGCAUCACCGCAACAGCUGCCACAUGGGACCAGGCGGCUUUUAUCUUGAGCAUCCCUAGGAGAAAGCCUACUGAUGAAACACAGGAGACCCUGAGAACAUCUGCUUUCCCCAGCCAGCAUGUGAAGGACAAAUGGUCAAAGAACCUCUACCUGGCUUCCAUUUGCUACGGAAGAUGAAUCUGUCUACGGGCGAAUGGACGUUCCGAGUUAUUACGGUGAAAAUAGCUUCUGGUCUCUCAAGCCAUGGUAGGGUCGCCGAUAGCACAUAUACAUCGACAACUGGAAGUGAUGCUGGUAACUGAACUGGACCUCACCUGAUGACUGAACCACCAAAACUCCAGACAACUUUGACGCUGCUCCCAAGUGAACUGGAGGAAGACCGAGUUGAAGAGUUCCUCUUCCUUUUGCUUGUCUAGCGCUCUGCUUUUGUCGUAGACUUGGUUGUUGGUUUGUAGUAAUAGGAUGGCUCAUUUUGUGCCCUACGUACUCUGUUAAGUUGUUACAUCUGUAAUGUUAAACUACUGCGUGAGCAUAUGUUGUCUGUAAUGUUGCAAAAAACUGUUAUAUGGUAUACCAGCAUCGAGCGGGAACGUGUCAACGUGGUGUACACUUGUAGUACUUUUCUGCAUGUAUUUUCAUCAGAUCGUUAAUUUCAUGAGAGGAAUCACUUUUUUGGGAGGAUU